AUGCAUGUACCUCAUUCGUCCACGGUCCCUGGUGCAGAAGUAACUGCUGCUGCACUGCGACUACAGGAAUCGAACGUGAGCGGUAUAUCAGGUCUUUUCAAAAACAAGAAGGUAUUCUUGAUAGCCUUGUUUGCCUCCUUUGGCGGUCUCGAGUAUGGCUAUCAACAGGGCGUUAUCUCUCAGGCUCUGGUGAUGAGCAGAUUCCAAGCAGACUUUUCCAGUAUCGUGGGCUCUUCCGGUUCUACUGGAUGGCUGACAUCUAUUCUGCAGCUUGGAGGUUGGUUUGGUGCACUCUCGGCUGGCAUUUUGGCCGAAGUCUUCUCUCGAAAGCAUACCAUAUUAAGUGGUGCCCUUUGGGUGAUUCUCGGAUCUUUCCUCUGUGCCGGUGCGCAUAAUGGAUCUUAUCUUUUCGCUGGCCGUUUCUUUACCGGAAUUGGGGUUGGAACACUAAGUGCUGUUGGACCUCUUUACAAUGCCGAACUUGCUCCUCCCGAGAUGCGAGGACUACUGGUCUCCCUUCAACAGUUAUCCACUACCUUCGGCAUCAUGAUCUCCUAUUGGAUUGGAUACGGAACAAACUACAUCGGCGGAACGGGGGAUGGACAAUCCGACUGGGCGUGGCGGACUCCCCUUAUCAUACAAGGAAUUCCAGCCAUUAUCCUUGCACUAGGCGUCAUCUUCUUCUUGCCAUUCUCGCCUCGAAUGCUCAUCACCAAAGGACGCGAGGAAGAAGCGCUCAAAACACUUGCCGCUUUGCGUGGCCUUCCCGAGGACGACGUCGUGCUACGAUGUGAGUACCUAGAGAUCAAGUCCGAGGUACUCUUCGAGCAACGAGUCUUUGCACAGAAGUUUCCCCACCUUGCUGAAAGUGGGCGUAGCGUCUGGCGCCGUGAGAUUGCACAAUAUGCCAAUAUCUUUCGCACCAAGGAUAACUUCAAACGAGUGGCUAUCGCUGGGUUGAUCAUGUUUUUCCAGCAGUGGAGUGGAAUCGAUUCCAUUAUCUAUUAUGCUUCUUCGAUUUUCCAGACUCUUGGCCUGACUUCUGGUACUAUUUCCCUCCUUGCUACUGGUGUGGUCGGCAUUAUCAAUGUCUUGGCAACGAUUCCAGCUGUCAUGAUUAUUGACAAAGUAGGACGAAAACCUCUCUUGAUGGUCGGAUCUAUUGGAAUGUUCUGUUCCAUGGUUGUUGUUGCCAUUAUUGUGGCGAAAUGUCAACAUGACUGGGAGCACAACGUCGCCGCAGGCUGGGCGGCGGUUGCCUUUAUCUGGAUCUAUAUCGCUAAUUUCGGAUAUUCGUGGGGUCCUGCUAGUUGGGUUUUGAUUGCUGAAAUAUUCCCUCUCUCGAUUCGUGCCAAAGGUACUUCGAUUGGUGCCUCUUCGAACUGGAUGAACAACUUCAUUGUUGCUUUCAUUGUACCACCAAUGAUCGACGGUAUCGGUUGGGGGAUGUAUCUAUUCUUUGCUGUUUGGCUUUUUAUCGGUGCCCUCUUCAUUUGGUUCUUUGUCCCUGAGACGAAGAACAAAACGCUUGAAGAAAUGGAUAUGGUAUUUGGCAGUGUGAUGGCGUCUCACGAUCAAGAAAUGUUUGCGGCCGCAAGAGAUGAGGUUGGAUUAACACUUCUUCUCACUGGCAAUGUCAAACUCGGUACUGGAAGCCCUAGAGGCAAGGAACUGGUAUCCAGCGGGCACUUGGAGAAUGUCUAG